AUGAAUACAGCUAAUGGACUUUCUAGACAUCGUAAAAUCGCGGUUGUAGGAGCCAGAAACGUUGGUAAAAGCUCAUUAACUGUGCAAUAUGUGGAAUCGCAUUUUGUAGAGUCCUACUACCCAACGAUCGAAAACCAGUUCACAAAACAGUUGGUGUUUGGUAAAGCCAACUACACACUCGAAAUUUGCGAUACAGCGGGACAGGACGAAUUCUCGCUCAUUAAUACCAAAUCUUUGAUUGGACUCAAAGGUGUAGCUAUAGUUUACAGUUGUGUGAACCGGGCAAGUUUUGAGAUCGUGAAUUUGAUACGGGAUAAGAUUCUGGACCAGCUAGGUUUAGAAAACAUUCCCACCGUUGUGGUCGCCAACAAGAUUGAUUUGCGCGAAAAUCUUGGAUCUGCGUCCAGUAGUGCCGUUGUAUCAAAAGCUGAAGGUGCUGCAUUGGCGAAAAGAUUGGGUGCAGGAUUUGUGGAAAGCAGUGCGAAAUUGAACGUUGGUGUCAACGAUGCUGUUCUGCAAUUAUUGAAACGCUUAGAGGGCCAAGAUCUGGAAGGAUCUAACGGCGAGGAGGGCGGUGCCUGCACUGUGAUGUGA